UUUCUUUCAGUGCCUCUAAAUGAGAAGCUAGCAACAGAGAAGAUGCCAAGAUUUUUAGAGGAAGAAGGAUUGUAUGUUGGUGUACGACCAUCAGUUGCUAAUAGAAAUUUAAACAAAAUGGAGAAUAGAUUAUUACAUGAACCUGAUAAGGGACGGAAAUGGUUUGGAGAAGAUGGAAGAUUAAAAGCCUUACCUGAUCCUUUAAAGAAAAACCCUUCACGACCUUUUAUGACAGAUGAACAAGAACCUUAUUUAGAAACUGUCUUUAGAAAGGCUGUUAUGAGAGAAUUUGACUAUCGUUAUAUUGAUGGUGCCAUAGAUGGUACAGGACGUUAUCAGUUGGAUGCUGAUAUCAACUCCAUUGUUUUCUCACAUCAUCAUUUAUUUAGUAGAGAACAUGUUCUAGCAACUAGAUUAACAGAUCUCUAUCAAGACUAUCUGGCUAGGAAAAAGAAAAAUAUGACUGAAUUUCUGAUAGAGAAGGUACAUAUUUUGCCAAUAAUUACUUUGUGUUGUCAAAAAUUCUUAUUCAAACUCCAUUGUUUUUGUAGACAUACUAGAACAGUCAAAGAUAAAGAGGAAGAAAUGGAUAGACAGUUAUUAAAGAAUAUUAUACAUACAUGGAAAGAAUUAAAAAGUAUACGAGAAUUUCAGAAUUAUAAUAAUACUCCUAUAAAAUUACAAGUUAUUAAAGAGGAAACAAGUAAGAAAGAAGAUCAAUUACAUUGGAAACAAGAAAUAGAAGAAGAAGUAGGAGAAUUACAAGAAGAUUUUGAAGAAAAUUAUCGAAAAGAAUUAGAACGUUACAAGGAAGAUUUAGACAGAUAUGAAAAACAACAGGCAGCUAAGGCCCAAGAAAAAAAAAAGAAAAAAAUUAAAGAAAAAGAGAUGUCAGCAGCUGAUAGAGAAUUAUUAAAUGAAGAAGAUCUACUACAACCAGUAAUGCCAGAAACAUUUGAUGUCAAAUUAACACGAGAAAAGGUUAAAGCUAAGGCUAUGGCCAUAAGACGUAGACCAGGGGAACCCAAAUUAUUUCCUGAGUUGUCAAAUACUGCUACAAUCACUCCAACAAAUCAGUGUCCCAGAGGUGAACAACAGAGAAGAGAUGAUGUAUCUAAAACGAAGGUGUUUGUUAAGAUAUUGUUUAAUGAUAAAGAAGUUUCUAGAACCCCCUCCAAACCAUUAUCACAAGACUUCAGAGUGACCUUUGGUCAAAUUUAUAAUUUAAAAAUUGUCCAAUGGCCAGAAUCAAUUAAGUUUCAGAUCUUUGAAGCUAGAGCUCUAGGUAAUGAUCUAUUAGCUGAUCUAUAUGCUGGUAUACCUGAUCCCUCUGUAACAUCACAGAGUGUACAAUUAGAGGAAAUGGAUUUUAGUACUGAUCUAAAAAUAGAUAAAACUAAUGAAGGUGUUGGAAGUGGUGUACCAUUCACAUUUGAUGUUCAUGGUACUAAUACUAUGAUAUUAAUGACAACUGGUAUACUAUGUAGUAGUGUAGCAUGGGCAGUUGACUCAGACGGUACACCACUAGUACCACCGACUACUUCUAUAGCACCUACUAAUUACUAUAAUGCUAUGAAAAUGAUGGAUCCAGUAGCAGCUAUUGGUGCCAGUGGUGUAGUUGAUUUAGAUAAAUUAGCUAAAUGGUUUCAAGAAUCUAGAUUAGAUCCUAAUGAUCCCAAUAAUGCUGAUUUAGUCUUUAUGUUAGGGUCUAAAAGUACAAACGUCAUGCAGUCCAGAGAUUUUUUCCGACUAGAACAACUACAACAAGAAUUUGAUCUAGCCACUGAUGAGGAGAUGGCUAUUAAUAGAAGAUUUAGGUUGCUAACUUUACGAGAUAAUGAAAUACCAGAAUUUAAAAAUUACAAAAUGGCACCAGCUUAUGAGAGAGAAUUACCUAGAGAUUUAUUUAUGGAAUAUGAACGUAAACAGAGGGAAGAAGAAAGAAUUAAAGAAACAGAAGAUAUAGAAGCCCACAGAGCUGCCGUUAACAGAUUCAUGCAGAGAGUUAGAGAACAAGUUAUGAGAAGAUUUAGAUUAGCUCAACAUCAAAAACGCUUAGAAGAUGUUGUUAUUGAAGAAGUUGUUCCUAAUAUUGGUAUUGUGUUUACAAGAUUAUUACAUUUUGGUGAGCCACGUCGACCAUUAAGACCUAUACGUAAAGAGAGAAAGAAAGUAACAGCUACAGCUGUAAGAGGAGAACAAGUCAAGAUUUUAUUGAAUAUUAUAAGAGCUUCAUCUAUACCAAUUCGAAAAUCUGCUGCCGGAUGUCUUCUCUACUGGCAUCAAGGCCGUGCAAAAUCACUUUCCAAAGUGAGUAAAUCUGUAGGAAGCAGCUUUGAUAAUCAAGAACAAAUUUUAUUAUUUCAGCCAUUGGUACGACCCUAUAUAGAAGUCAUGUUUCAACGGAAUACAGUUCGUACAAGUGUUGGUGAUGGGCCAAAUCCCAGUUUUAAUGAAGAACUAGAACUUCCUCUCAAAGUAACGAAUGAUGAUUAUUCAUCUAAUAAUUUACAAUCUAUGAAUGAUAUUGUGUAUAUUAAUCUCUUUGAUGAAAUGGUAGUGGAUAUGAGUCAUGAUGAUAGAGAAAAAGGCACAGUGGUACAUCAGAAAUUAGAGAAGAAAUGGUUAGGCAGUCUAGAAAUACCAUUCUCUACAAUUUACUUAAACACCAAGAUUGAUGGUACAUUCCGUGUUAAUACGCCACCAGUGUUAUUAGGUUAUGUUUAUGAAGAUGCUAUGAAACGUAGUGAUUUAGAAAGUGUUUUAACGAAAACAGAACAUAACACCUACAUCAGUAUGUUCUUAACCAUUGAACCUCAGUUAAUAACACCAGAACCAGUUAGAGAAAGGUUUUCGACCAAUGAAGAUGAAAAACUGUUAUUACAUGCUGAAAAAUGGCAACAAGAAUUAACAAACAAACAUCCCAAACGGUUAUAUAAACCCUCAGUUAUUGAUGUCAAUGGUAAAAGUGUAUUUGUAACCAGAUAUUUUAAACCAUUAAACAUACCAGAUGAUAUUAAAGAUUUAAAUUUAACAACUGAGGGCACUGCUGAAAGAGUAGCCCAUUAUGUAUCUAUGAUACCAUUUGUAUCUGAUACUGUUGUAUUUCCUGGUUUAUGUGAUAUCUGGAGCACAUGUGAUCAAUUUUUACGUAUGUUAGCUGGUGAUGAAGAAGAACAUGCGGUCUUAUUGAUGAAUUAUUUCUUACACUUGGGCAAACGAGCUUAUUUAUUGAUAGGUUCAGCUAUACCAGAAGGACCUACAGCCUAUGUAUUAACAGAAGAAGGUAGUGAUUUUUGGUUCUGGAAUGCCUCUACUGGAGAACAUUUUAGUUAUCAUGAUAGUAAUUGUCCAGUACAAGUAGUUGGUUGUAUAAUGAAUCAAGAUAAUGUGUGGGGAAAUAUUCAGUCAUAUGAGAAACCAGUUCAAAUGGAUUUCAACAUAGCUAAUACAUCAGCCUGGAGACCAAUAUUUAGCCGAUCUUAUCCUAGCCCAAUGUUAGGUUCUAUUCAGCCUGAAAUGUUACAAUAUGUAGCCACUGAUAAAAAACAUGCUGAAGAUCUACAAGAGAGAAUAGAACAACAUUUAAAGAAUAAGAUAAUGGAUUGGAGAAGUCGUACAUUAACACGAUGGAACCGACAUUGUACCAAAAUUAUGAGAAAAUUACUACCUAUUUUAGAAGAAAGUAGAGGACAGGAGAUUAGCCAACAUCAUUUAGAAGAAUUAGAAAAACAGUUCUCAGCUUAUAAGGUGUCUGGAUUCCCAAUGAACAUGCCGUUUGUAGAUCUAGAGAAGUUAGUAGAAGCUGUAUUUUCUACAGGAGUACAUACACAAGAAUCAGCUGAAGAGUUUGCUCUAGCUGUAUAUAUACAUGCUUAUAAUAACUCUGUAUUAUCUGUAUGGAUUUAUGUUGCCUCUUUAACUAAAUAA